UUUAAUCUCAAUCGUAAAACAAUGUCGUUGUACCGGUAAAGAACAUGUUAUAGAUCAAGCAAAUAGCAGCCACAUAAUUCUGGAAUUUUAAAAACUCUAGAGAAAAUGGGCUAAAUGAUGAUCUGCAUGUGGCCUUAAUGUUGCGAGUAGCAGAUAGUUAGACCAACCUGCAAUAUACCGAAAUAUCCAGGAAUUUACCAUAAAAUGAUAACAGACACAAGUUUUAGCCUAUUUAGAAAAUAGGUAAAUCCACAAGGGCUAAAUUGCAAAACUUGCAAAGAGAUAAGAUUUCUAUCUCUCUACUCUCAAGCGGUUUCUGCCAGGAGAAAUCCUGUAACCGCCCGCCGCUGUUUUGGCUCGCCGGCCAAGGCUGCGGCUGCGGGAGCGUCGUCGUCUCCGCUGUGGGAAACUAUGUCGGAGGGUGACGUUGUCGUGCCGUCAGCUGGCAGUAAGAUGCCAUCACCCGCGCGCCUAGGCGGCCACGCCUCCGCGAGGAGUCCGGGCAGGGGCCACGGCCAUAGGCAUCACCGUCCUGGGAGGAGCAGCGCCGAGGCUGCGCUGGUGGCCAGUAGCGCUGCCCUCGCGGUGUGCACCUUCGUCUCGCGCCGAGGCCGAAGGCCAUGGCUGCGCCGUGGGGCGCCGCGAUCCAUGCGGUCCACGCCGCGUGCUGAGCGCAAGCAAGAGCAGUGGAGGGCCAUGGGGUGGACCAUGCUGUAGCCGAGGCCAAAGGUGCGCCCGAGAGAGCCGCGCUAGGUCGGGCAGAUGCGGCCACUGCCCGGCGCGGGCGGCCACGGCUCGGUGUGGGCAGGAGCGAGCGCCCAUGGCACGGGCGGACGCGGCCACGGUCCGGCGCGGGCAGGUGCGAGCACCCACGACGCGGACGGGUACGACCACGGCCUGGUAAGGGGCGUCGCGCGGGUGACAGGCGCGGCGCGGGCGGCGGCGCCGACGAGAUCUUGCGCUGCUGCCUGUGCAACGCGACCGGCGAGCGGCAAUGCCAUAAGCCUCGGGGUACGGUCAUGCGGGCAAGAUCUCAAGAACCACUCCUCCUCCGCAAGAACGAGCGAUGCAAGAUCUUGAGGACAAAAGGUACUAACUCCUGAUUGCAAUUGUUAAAUUGGAAAAUAGACACCUUGUUUAGAAUCAGGACUUUGGUCUUUGCUUGAUCCUGAUGUUGUAGACGGACGCUCUUGCCGAGGACGACUCCAACGUCACACCCAGCCACCGAUGCAGAACUGCCGCUCGCUGGGUACCACGGACACCAGACCCGCUCGUGGGAGCAGCCUUACCAUGGCUAGCGACGGGGCCGACGGCAUGGCUGCAGAGGGCUGGCCAGCCUCGUCGCCUCGAACGCCGCCGGUCUAUGCGGAUGCAAGACAAAGGCCGCGACUUUUCUUCGGGACAUCAUCGCUUUGGUCUCUUCGUGUCUCCUCGUUGUGAGGCCAAUGAGAUCGCUCAUCCGGGAGCGUGCUGAUAACGUGUUUGAGAUCAAAAAUCUACUCUCUUCCAUUGAUGCUUCUGUAUUAUAGGUACAGGGAGGACGCCUCGUUUUGGAGAGGCGAUGAACCAACGCGGCGGUUGCUGAAAUACAUGCAGGGAUUUUUCUAA